GUUCCUGCGAGUGCGAAUGCUUGCAAGACGCACACAUCCAUACACCUAGCCAUUUAAAACGAGGCCCCAGUCGCAGGCGAUUGGUGUCGCAGCGGGAAGUCCAAGGCGAGAAUCACGGCUGGAGACCGACUGGUCCAAGCGGCUCGCUUGUCUUUCUCCCCUUCAAGGUGUCUCAAGCCCUGCUCUCACUUCCAAAGGAACCCCGUUGCAUUCUCCCCGAUUCCAUUCCGUCCGAUGAAAGAAUCUGAUCAAGUACACAGUAGGAGCAGCCUCUACACACCUGCACAAGCUGUGACCGCCAGCGUUGCGUGACACCUCUGCCUCUGCAUCUCCGAUCCUCUGCCCACUUUGGUUGCUUAACGCGAAUGCACACUUGUUAGAAAUGCGUCACAACAUCCGCCCAGCUUCUUCUGCUGCCGCCUACUAAGUCCAUCGCAAGGAUGGCAAUCCCGUCUCCGCACAACAUUCAUACCGGCAUCAGCAGAACAGCGCCACCUCCGCAGCCGCGGCCUCCGUCCGGCAUCUCGGCAACCGUAUCCAUGACCUCGUCCCCCGCGCUCUCCUCACUGCCAACGAGCUCUAUAUCGUUUGGCUCUCCGCUCUCCUCCGCGCUAGACAAAGCGUACAGCAACAACGUUGCUCACUACACUACUGCACCUCGCAGAGGCGACAAUCGCCCGCUCCCUGUUCCCCUCGUCUGCAGAGGCUCUGAGGACCCUGCGACCUCGUCCUCUAGAAGCAACAGAGACAGAGACGGCAAUAGAGACAGCGGUAUCGUGCUUCCGCGUGCAGCACCACUAAUCUUGAACGGCUCGACGCACCGUGAUCACCACCCGCAUCGGGUCGGGAGCGACGGCGCCAUCGCUCCGUCCCUCAUCAUACCCUCCACCCGUGCGGACAGCGACAGCGCAGCCAGGAUGCCCACAGGUCAUGCUUCGCUCGACAAGCUCUCCGCUUCGACCGACGCAUCGUGCAGCAGUGGCAGCAGCAGCAACGACCACUCGGCGUGCGGCAGCCUUGGCUGCUCAGCCGAGGUACUUCCUCACCAGCAGCAACAGCAGGCCGUCAACGAGCGCAAGCGCGAGCUGGAGGACGAAGAAGUAGAAAAAGAAGAAGAAGAAGAGCUCGAGGCCGAGAGCGGGGACCAGGUCGGCAACCUCAGGUCGCGCAGCAGCCUCGAGGCCGGUGGAAGCGGCAGCGGGUCGGAGCGCAAGCCCGGGAGCAUGAAGCAUGUCAAGGGCAACAGCAAGGACAGCAGUCGGCGUGCAUCGUCGUCGUCAUCGUCAUCGUCGUCGCGAUCACCCGCCAAGCCGAACGAAUCCUCUCCAUCUUCCUCUAUAGCCACCGGCAACAGCUUCGGUGCUGCCGGUUCCAGCGGCGUCAGGAGCGAGGGUACGAUACUCUGUGGCACCGGCGAAGCGGCCGGUACCGGCGGCAUUGAAAGCAGUCCUACCGGCUCACCUCGCGGCAUUGGUGGGCCACGCAGGCUGCGCUCCUCCUCCUCUACGCACUCCAGCUCCGUUGGCAGCGUUACUGGUAUCCUCGGCCAGUCGCCCUCGUCGGCCGCUUCAUCGGCAUCACCCGGCGUCGGAGUUGUCGCGGGCGGCAAGCCGCGCAGGAAGUUUGCACCGUCUAUCCCACAGCGUCGCGUCUCUGCGCCGCUCGAGCUGCUCACAAACGGUGGUGGUGCUGCAGGCGGGAAUGGCGUGGGUUUCGGUGCGAGCGGGUCAAACGGCACCGCGCUGAAUGGAUCAAGCCACGGAGUCGUGCCCGUCGCGAGCGCGCAGAGCAUCCUCCAUGCCGUCGCCGCGUUCCGAGAGUCACAGCAACAGCUACAGCAGCAACGCGAGUCGUACAUGCCCAGCGGCAAUAGUGCAGCAGCUGCCACGACGACCGGUCUCGGCAUCAGCGGCUCCGGUGCGUCUCCUGUGAUACCCCCUUCCUAUGCCUCUGCUGCGCGAUCAACCAAAGCUGGCCCUGGCGCCGGUGAGAGCAACAUGACGCCUAUCGCCGCUCGGUUCGCCAGUUCUGCCUGGAGGGACACCGGUGGGACGCUGCCAAGCGUCAGCACUGCGAUCAGCGUCCCUGCGACCGACAGCACCGGCAGCAUCUAUAGCACGGCCAGCGCUACGCUUUCCGCAUCGCACUCGCUCGCGUUCGGACACGGGCUCAGCAAUGGCAAGCUCCCCAGUGCCCCGUCGAACAGCGCGGCUAUCCCUGCAACGGCCGCGCUGGUGCGAGCUGGCGAAGAGGCAGACGCCGCGCGCGCCCGCAAUAGGAGCGAGCCCAAGCCGCCGACCGCGAGUAGCAAGAGCAAGGGUAAAGGCAAAGCCGGUGGCAGCAGCGAGGGCAGCGCGCAUCACAAGGCGCUGCUGCGCGGCUCGACGGGGACGAGCGAGUCGCUGCAUUCCUCCGAACAUGAGGAGCAGCAGAUCAUGUCGCUGUCCGAUCUGAUCGAUUUCAGUGGCGCCGCCGAACCCCUCAACAACGACGACCAGCGUAAAGACCCGUACGCGCUGCUCGCGCGCGAAGGCAGUGUCGAGUACCUUCGCGAUCUCGACCCCGCGCACCAGGCGCACGUCGCUAGCGUCGGGGACGCGCCUGCCGGGGUCGGAGGAACCGGAGCCGCAAAAGCAGGAGUAGGAGGAGGGGUGGUCAAUGCGUCGCGCAGGGCCUCGAACAGCUCCAUGCGCACCGUCUCUGACUACGGCGACGAGGAGGCGCAGCUCAUGACGGCCACCAAGGUCGAACGCAGCUCAGCGAUCACGUCGCCAGUCAUACCGAGCCUGCUGCGCAAGAGCAACAUCGUGCAUGGCAAGCGAGCGACACGCCACUCGUCUUCGCAGCAUGCAGGCAACAAGGACGGCGUCGAGUCGAGCCCAUCCGCCUCGUCCCCCGGCAGCAUCACGCCCAGCACGUCCGCGCAGUCGUUUGCGACCGCCUCGCCUGGCUUCGACUCGCCGGCCACAGGGACUGUCGCCAACGCUGCCGGCACGCCGGCCGUACCGAGCAGCCCUGACUCGGGGCGCUUCGGUCUGUCGCGCGGGUUUUCCGGCGCUCGAACGCCCACAACUUCCUGCGGCAAGCAGCGCAAGAGCCCGCCUGUGCCGCUGCGCCUGCGCGACGCCAACACGGACGCCUUUCAGCACUCCGCAUCAAACCAAGUGUCGUCUGCUGCUGCUGCGCUGACCGAACGCCUGCGCUCCCCUGUGGCGAGCCCGACCGCGACGUCGAGUCCGAUGCAGCCUUUGCCACUAACAGGGCCGCCAAGCGAGCCUUUACCGCCGGUUCCCUCGACACCGAGUAGCACACACAUGGCGGCCGGCCUACUCUGCAAGAACAGCGCUGGCGCCGUUGUUGAGAAGGAAGCGGCCAACAGUCCGAGGGUAGUGAUACAGCCGGAAACGCCGCCUUCCUCUGGUGCCAACUCGGCUAUCGCCUUGCCGGAGCGCUCGAGCAACCUGAAAUUGGCGGGCCCGUAUCUUUCUGGGAAUGCUACCACUUCUUCUGCAUCUGUCCCAACCUCGGUUCCUAGGUCAAGGUCUGCCACAGUUCCUGCUCCCACACCUGCUGCAGUCACUGCGCCAACUCCGACGAACUUUGCUACGUCGACGCCAUCGGCUCCUGCCUUCGCGUCAACGAGGCUGCAAGGUCAGACUUCCCUCUCCUCAGCAACAGGCAUAGAAGUCCUGCGCCUUCCUUCUCCCUCAGAGCAAGGCAGAUCGUCUGGCAGGACGCGCACGCGAAGCAAUGGUAGCCUUGAGAUGGGUGGCGUUAGAGUCCUCAUGCUGCCUUCGCCGCGUCAGUCCUCUCGUCCGUCAUCGAGUCCGUUGGUCACAAAGGCCACUGCGCUCUCGACAUCGUCUUCGCCGUCCUCCUUCGCCGGCGAUGCUGGCAAGUCGCCGAGGGGUUUCCCACGUAGUGUUGGUGACGAGGUUGAUGCGGCCGGCGCUGCCCCGGAAUCCAGCGACAGUGGCUAUGGGCUUCGCGCUCGAACCAACAGCCAGGUGAGCAAUUUCAGCAUGCUCACUAGACGCGAAAGUGUACCUGUCACCAGCCGGCGAGCUGAGAUGGAGGAAGACAGGGUCAGCGCGAACAGAUCAGACGUCUUGAAGCGCGCCGAGUCUCGCUUUACGGGUGCUUUCGGAGAAAUCGCUGACGCGUUUAAGGUCAUGGUCGCUGAGAAGAAGAUGCUGGAGCAAUUUGUCAAAUCUUCGGAGCUUGGAGGGAGCCACUCGGGGGGACAUGGCGAAGAGAAUGCAGUAGAGCCGAUGCGACGCCAGGUCGCGUCGUUGACUGCCAAGCUGGAAACAAGCUCGGUGGAGAUUAAGCAGCUCCUCGAGCUCCUAGACCAACAGUCGGCGACCAUCACCCUCAUGGCAGAGACCCAUCAGAAGGAGCUGCGUCUGGGCGCCGAGGAGGUCGACGAGCUGGGGAAUGAGCUGGAGCAGGUAUCCCAAGAAGCCAAGAUCCACCGAGCGAAUGCCAUCAAGCUCACGCAGCAGCUGGAAGAAGCUCUAACCGAAGGCGUUUCGCUCCGAGCGGAGUGCUUGAAGCACAAGACAGAGUCCAGCGAAAGGCUGCAGCAGCUGCAGCAGCUGAGAUCAGCGCACGAGCGGCUUCAAAAAGACCUCACGCAAGCGCGCGCAAUUCAAACCGAGGCCAUUGGUGUGCACGAAGGCAAAGCAAAGGAGCUACAGGCAAAGAUCGAGCAGGCUGACUCGGACCGCUCAGCGCUGGAGGCAGCGCGGAUAGAGCUGAUGAAACAGAUCGAUGGCGCGCAGUCUGAGAGCGGCAAGCAAGCGCAGAAGGCUGCAGCUGCCGAAGCCGAACUGAAGCGCGUGACUCUGCGGCUCCAAGAAGAGCUGCAGAGCGUGCGAGAUGGGUACGAAGCUCGCAUGAGUGAUACGACCGCUCUGUAUUCCUCUGAGGUGGCCGAUCUACAGGCGGCGCUGCAGGCUGCUGGAGGUGAGACAGGACAGCAUGUUGCGAUCCAGAACCGACUGCACUCUCUUGUAUCGGAGCACCAGGUUGCGUUGGCUUCCCACCGAGCUCAAGCAGACAAGGUCAGGUCCGAGCUGCGCGCAGCGCAUGCCCGGGAGCUUGAGGCCUUGGAGAGUAGGGCUCUCGCACACAAGGCGGAAGCGGAUGCAUCAUAUUCCAAGGUCAAGAUGUUGGCCGACGAGUCUGCGGUACGUGACUUGCAGAUCGAGACUUUGCAAACUCAGUUGGCGCGGAUGGUCGAAGAGCUCGCUGCAAAGGACAAUGAACUGGUCGCUGCCAAGUUGCGCGGUAAUGCCUUGCAAGAAGAGCUGCUUCAAAGGCCAAAAUCUGCCGGUGGGAAUUCGACUCACUCUAUCCCCGAGAGCUUUGUCGACGACCAAAAGACGGAGCUCUCUGAUCUGCAAAAGGCGCAGAGUGCGCACCAACUAAUACAAGCCAAUUCGCAACGGGUUUUCGACUCGCAACAGAUGGAGAUCAAGAAGCUACAGACAGAAAUACAGACGCUUCGCAGCGAACAUCUCUUGGCUCUGGGUGCUGUGGACAAGGCGCGCGCUAGGGCAGACCACGCCGAGCAGGAACAGAGCUCGCUGAAGGAGGAGCUUGCUGAAAUGCAGGCCAAGUUGGCUUCUUUCAUGUCGAGUACGAAGAUGCCCGAAGACGGCCAUGAGUCUGCGGAUUCGCUGCGCAGCCAACUAGCUGAUCAGCGCGCCCGAGAGACGACGAUCCUGACUGCAUACAAACAGCUGCGAGAUGAACUGCGCAAGAUGCAAGCCGUGCAGUCGAAAGAGAAGCGGUCAGGCUUCCUUGUCCGACCGGGCACGUCCUCAGCCCAGGAGGACGGCAGCAGCAAGUCACCGCGUCAGCUCAAGCGGCUGUCGUUGCCUGUCCAGGAUCUCGGUAGCAUUCCACGCAUGUUCGCUGACAGCGCAGGCACGCCGAACCGACCGAAAAGCGCAACCUCGCAUCCGCCUCCGUCCAUGCGGCACCUCUCGCUGACGUCGAGCCAGGUUGACAGCAUCCGCGCCGCUUGCGAACGAGGCCCUGAUGACGACGAGAGCGAGAUUGUGCUCAGUCCGCAAGUCGCGACACACCACGAACGCGAGUCCACCGACGCCUGUAGCUUCCGACAGCAGAUGGUGCCUUGAGACGCUACGGCGCGUUCUUCCAUCGAUUGUUAUUUUCUUCUCUUCUAUUCAGAUACAGCAGGCUAAGCUGUGUGUAGCGUACAGCUUAUGCUCGGACUUGUACUUGCGAACUUCCAUACCCCCACCGCCCAGCGGGGCAAAAAUGAUUAUACAUGCGUUGC